CAGCACGGAUGUCGCCAUCUUUAGUAAGGGACAAUAAGCCUAGUGUUAUAACGCAACUUGUUGUAAUUUGCUGAAACUCGUGAUAUGUUUACUUUUUAUAGAUUUCAAGUGUCCUUUAAAGCACCUCGCUAAACCGAGCAUCCUCCGCUGAUUCACAAUGACAAAUAACACAAAGUAAAGGCGUUUCUGUAUGAAAUGGUCAGCGAGCGGGUCUCUGUCGCCAUGUUUACUUUGGGUGACGCCAACUCUCUUCCAUUUUCCUCCGCCUCUGGUUGUCAAGAAGAUGGCAGCUUCCAGGCAGGCAUGAGAGGAAAUACUUCUUCACAAAUCGAAUGAAUUUGGAUUAUUACCGCAAGAUCAGACCACAUACCCGUGUUUUUGCAAUUACUGCAUCGAAAUAAAAAUCAUGUCUGCCCCUGGGUCCGCGGUGUCUGGGACCACGGCGUCGGUUCUGCAGCCGCGGUGGAAACGGGUCCUCGGAUGGUCCGGUCCCGUUCCCCGGCCCAGACAUGGUCACAGAGCUGUGGCUAUAAAGGAGCUUAUGGUUGUCUUUGGCGGUGGAAACGAAGGGAUUGUGGAUGAAUUACAUGUAUACAACACUGCAACAAACCAGUGGUUUAUCCCAGCAGUCCGUGGUGAUAUUCCCCCUGGUUGUGCUGCAUAUGGGUUUGUCUGUGAUGGCACAAGACUGCUGGUGUUUGGUGGAAUGGUGGAGUAUGGAAAGUACAGCAACGAUCUCUAUGAACUACAGGCCAGCAGAUGGGAAUGGAAAAAGUUGAAAGCAAAAAACCCGAAGAAUGGCCCCCCUCCUUGUCCUCGACUUGGUCACAGUUUUUCCCUGGUUGGCAACAAAUGCUACCUGUUUGGUGGACUAGCCAAUGACAGUGAGGACCCAAAAAACAACAUUCCCAGAUACCUGAAUGAUCUGUACACACUUGAGCUUCGUGCGGGUUCCAGUGUGGUUGGAUGGGAUAUUCCAAUCACAUAUGGAGUUCUGCCUCCUCCCCGUGAGAGCCACACUGCUGUGGUAUACACAGAAAAGACGAGCAGGAAAUCUCGCCUGAUAAUCUAUGGAGGGAUGAGCGGUUGUCGCCUUGGAGAUCUGUGGACUCUCGAUAUUGAUACCCUGACAUGGAACAAACCAUCAGUAAGUGGGACUGCACCGCUCCCCAGAAGUCUUCACUCUGCCACCACCAUCACAAACAAGAUGUAUGUUUUUGGAGGGUGGGUUCCACUGGUGAUGGACGAUGUCAAAGUGGCCACACAUGAGAAGGAGUGGAAGUGCACAAACACUCUUGCCUGCCUAAAUCUAGACUCCAUGUGCUGGGAGACAGUGUUGAUGGAUACUCUCGAAGACAACAUCCCUAGGGCCCGUGCUGGCCACUGCGCUGUGGCCAUCAACUCCAGACUCUACGUUUGGAGCGGCCGUGAUGGUUAUCGUAAAGCUUGGAACAACCAAGUCUGUUGUAAAGACCUCUGGUACCUGGAAACAGAGCGACCACACGCCCCUGCUAGGGUGCAGUUAGUCCGUGCCAAUACAAACUCUCUUGAGGUGAGCUGGGGCGCCGUCUCAACUGCUGACACCUACUUACUGCAGCUGCAGAAAUAUGACAUCCCUGCAACUCCAGCUGCAGCCUCGCCAGCCAUGAGUGCCACCCCCGUGCAGCCUCUGAACUCUCCAAAGAGCCCCGCACCGGCUGCUGCAGCACCCUCUGCUCAAAGCCUACCCCAGACAGGUAUUACACUUUCGACCAAUAAUUCUUUCCCAACCCUUCCAUAUCUGUUGCUGUUGUCACUACACGAGAAAGCAACUGCAAAGAAGUUGCACAGAAAGACUAAUUGUCAUUUUCCUCAUUUUACAGCUGUUUUGAAGGUUGCCGCUCAACAGUCUGCCACAGGCACAUCUGUUGUCACAGUCCGCCCCAGCCAGCCUGGGAAAUCCCCCGUCACUGUGACAUCUCUUCCGCCAGGUGUUCGAAUGGUAGUUCCUGCCCAAACCACCCAAGGAUCGCCAAUUGGAAGUAGCCCUCAGAUGAGUGGCAUGGCAGCUUUAGCAGCAGCAGCUGCAGCAACACAGAAGAUCCCUCCUUCCUCUGCUGGCACUGUCCUCAAUGUUCCCGCAGGUGCCACAAUUCUCAAAACAGUAGCCGUUUCCCCUGGCACAACCACAGUGAAAAUGGCCUCUCCAGUCAUGGUCAGUAACCCAGCCACCCGGAUGCUGAAAACUGCUGCAGCCCAGGUGGGCACAGCAACUGCGUCCUCUCCCACCACCACCAGACCCAUCAUCACUGUGCACAAGUCUGGUGCAGUCACAGUGGCACAGCAGGCCCAGGUGGUAACCACUGUGGUUGGAGGAGUCACCAAGACCAUCACCUUGGUCAAGAGUCCCCUCACCAUGGGCAGCAGUGGCACUCUGAUCUCCAACCUUGGCAAGAUGAUGUCUGUGGUACAAACCAAGCCAGUGCAGACAUCAGCUGUCACAGGCCAGGCUUCCACUAACCCUCUCACACAGAUCAUACAGACAAAGGGUCCCCUCCCAGCCGGCACCAUCCUGAAGCUGGUGACCUCUGCAGAUGGCAAGCCCACAACCAUCAUCACCACUUCCCAGGCAGGAGGCACAGGAAACAAGCCCACAAUCCUCAACAUCAGUGGUGUCUCUCCUACCACCACUAAGCAAGGCACCACCAUCAUAAAGACCAUCCCCAUGUCGGCCAUCAUGACACAGCCUGGAGCCACAGGUGUAACAAGCAGUGCAGGCAUGAAAACGCCUAUCACAAUCCUUACCACAAAGGUGAUGACCACUGGAACGCCUGGUAAAAUCAUCACUGCAGUGCCCAAACUUGCCACUGCCGCUGGCCAACAGGGACUGACACAGGUGGUUUUGAAGGGUGCUCCAGGGCAGCCUGGCACUAUUUUGCGCACUGUGCCCAUGAGCACAGUCGGUGGUGUUCGACUUGUUACACCAGUGACGGUGUCUGCUGUUAAGCCCACUGUCACCACUCUGGUUGUCAAGGGGACUACUGGUGUCACUACUCUUGGGACAGUCACUGGCACAGUCUCCUCAAGCCUGGCAGGAGGCACGGUGGACAGUUCCAAUGCCUCUCUGGUCACCCCCAUCACCACACUGGGAACCAUUGCUACCCUGUCCAGCCAGGUCAUCACCCCAGCUGCCAUAACUGUGUCAGCUGCUCAGACCAGCCUGACCUCUGCCUCCGCAUUGCCCUCCUCUACCAUGACAGUGCAGAACCAGCCCACCCAGGUGACUCUGAUUACAACUCCCAGUGGUGUAGAAGCUCAACCAGUGCAGGAUCUCCCAGUGUCCAUCCUGGCUUCACCAACCUCCGAGCAGCCCAGCUCCACUGAGGCUGGAGCAGCUGGAGAAGGCUCUGGGACCGUCACCCUGGUCUGCUCUAACCCGCCCUGCGAGACCCAUGAGACCGGAACCACCAACACAGCAACCACCUCUUCUGCCACCAUGGGAGCAGAAAAGGUCUGCUCUAACCCGCCCUGCGAGACCCACGAGACCGGAACCACCAACACAGCCACCACCUCCUCUGCUACAAUUAAAGCAGGACAAGUGUGCUCUAACCCGCCAUGUGAGACCCAUGAAACAGGCACCACCAACACAGCCACAACUGCAUCAUCAAACAUGUCUACGCCGCGUGUGUGCUCCAAUCCACCAUGCGAGACCCAUGAAACUGGGACAACUAACACAGCAACCACAGCAUCGGCUAAUAUGGGAGGAGUACAGCAGAUUUGCUCCAACCCACCCUGUGAGACCCACGUGACCGGCACCACCAACACAUCCACCCAGGCAUCAUCUAACAUGAAUGCAGGCCAAACGAACACCGUGCAGAGGGUUUGCUCCAACCCGCCCUGCGAAACACACGAGACAGGGACCACCAACACCCCGUCCACAGCCACCUCCAGCAUGGGAGGUGACCAGACCAGCACAGCUACAGGCCAGGUCCAGAGGGUUUGCUCCAACCCGCCAUGUGAAACACACGAAACCGGGACCACCAACACAGCCACCACUGCCACCUGCAGCAUGGAGACAGGCGAAGGCACAGCAGCCCAGCAGACAGAGGAGGCAACAGAAGGUACCAGCAGCACAGAAGUGGCCUCCACCACUGCAGCAACUGGCAUGGUUACCACCACCCAGGGCAGGGCCAUCACAACUGUCACUCAGUCCACACCAGCUCCUGGACCCUCUGUACCUUCGAUCUCAUCAAUCACAGAGAGCGUGAGUACUGCUGCCAGCUCCACAGAGGAACCGAUGCAAACUGAUGAGACGGCAUCAGCGGAAGCUGCACCUGCAGUGGAGGGAGCCACCGCGAUGGAGACGCAAGCAGAGGGAGAAGCAGCCACAGCUACAGCCUUGAAUUUGCCCUCAGAGCUGAUGUCCGAGGGUCAGGGUGCCACACUCAUGGUGACAGGGCUGUCGGACGAGGAGCUGGCUGUUACUGCAGCGGCAGAGGCUGCUGCUCAGGCGGCAGCUACUGAAGAAGCCCAGGCUCUCGCUAUCCAGGCUGUGCUCCAGGCAGCCCAGCAAGCCGUAAUGAAUGAAGGUGAUUCCACUGGAGAGAGCCAGCAACCCACCAACAUCCCCAUCAUGUUGACCCAGCAGGAGCUCGCAGCGCUGGUCCAACAGCAGCAGCAGCUGCAGCUGCAGGAGGCUCAGGCUGCUGCACAGCAGGCCAGCGUGGACACAAACUUGCCCACUGAAGGUCUUGCCCCUGCUGACAGCCUCAACGACCCUUCUGUCGAGAGCAACGGACACAAUGAGAUGGCUGCCGCAGUCACCAGUGCAGUGGCGUCACUGCUGCCACGCACCACUGCUGAGACACUCGCUCCAUCAAGCACAUUUGCACCCUCUGUAUCAGUGGCAAGUCCAGCCAAGCUGCAAGCAGCAGCCGCACUAGCAGAGGUCGCCAACGGGAUUGAGGGAGAGAAGCAAGCCCCUCAGCCAACCCCCGUGAAGCCUGUUGUAAAAAAAGAGAACCAGUGGUUUGAUGUUGGAAUUGUUAAAGUGACAAAUAUGGUUGUCACACACUUCUAUGUGCCAGGAGAUGAUUCUCAAGGAGAUGAUGACUCUGGCAUCAUGCCAGACUACAGCCAGAUGAAGAAAAUGGAGCUGCAGCCUGGAACAGCUUACAAGUUCCGUGUUGCAGGAAUCAACGCUUGUGGUCGCGGAGCUUUCUCCGAGAUUUCUGCUUUCAAAACUUGCCUACCAGGCUUCCCAGGGGCACCCUGCGCCAUCAAAAUCAGCAAGAGCCCAGAUGGUGCCCACCUGACCUGGGAGCCACCCUCAGUGACGUCGGGGAAGAUAAUCGAAUACUCUGUGUACCUGGCUAUCCAGAGCAACCAGACAGCUGAAGCCAAGGCCUCCACCCCGGCACAACUAGCCUUCAUGCGUGUGUACUGUGGACCCAACCCCUCUUGCUUGGUGCAGUCGUCCAGCCUCUCCAAUGCCCACAUCGACUAUACCACCAAGCCAGCCAUCAUCUUCCGCAUCGCCGCCCGCAAUGAGAAGGGCUACGGUCCCGCCACCCAAGUUCGAUGGCUUCAAGAAUCCGGCAAAGAUGCUGCCUCUGCAAAACCGGCCCCCAAAAGACCAGGCACCUCUCCUGAUACUAAGGCUACUGGUCCAAAGAAAGCAAGGACGGACCAGUGAGGUUGCCCAGAGAUCCCUCCCAGUCUUUUGUCCUUUUUCCACUCGCUGUCCUUUUAUCAGGAAGACUGACCUUCACCCCUCCUUCACCUCCUCAUCCUCAUCCUAAUGUCAUCCUCCACCCUCAAGUCUCAGAUCAAGACAGCAUUGGAGGCAGAACAACCGUAUGAAGCUGAGAUGAAAGUCAAUCUGAGAGAUGUUUCUGUAGAUAAAAACCCUCCUUCUUCCUCGUUCUGUUGGUUGUACUAUUUUUAGAGCAACACAAACUUAGAAGCACAUUAUCUUUUUCAGUCACAUCCCCUUCCAUCGUUUAACAUCUAUUUUUGGCUUGUUUCAGUAGUUGAGCAGUAUAGAGAAGCAUUUACAUCUUUCACAAACUGGGAGCCAGCCUGAGCGCAAUGUUACCUUUUUUUUUUUUUUUUUUUUUUUUUUUUUUUUGUCUGUUUU